AUGGUCAAGGAGUACUACUGGUACUACAUCGCCUAUGAAGAACUCAAGAAAGCCCUGAAGACCGGCUAUGUCACGGAGCGCACUCCCGAAAAUGCCAGCCCCGAUCGCCAGCCCUGGUCGGAAGACGACGAGAAGCACUUCGUGACGCUGCUGGAGAGCGAAUUGGACAAGGUUUUCAACUUCCAGCGUAUCAAGAGCGCCGAGAUCGCUUGUCGCAUUCAGGCGAGCGAACAAGAGGUCAAUGCUGUCGUGUCGCGCCUUGACGCUGCCACCAGUGCCCGUUCCGACAGUGUCUCCCACAACCGAUCCAACCGCAGUCCGCCCUCAGACGAGGAUUUCCUGGUGCUCGAGCAGGCCUUGAGCGAAAUCAUCGCCGACGUACAUGAUCUGGCCAAAUUCACGCAAUUGAACUAUACGGGGUUUCAGAAAAUCAUCAAGAAGCAUGAUAAACAAACGGGGUGGCAUCUGAAGCCAGUAUUCGCUGCGCGCCUCAAUGCCAAGCCAUUUUUCAACGAUAACUAUGAUGCGCUCGUGGUUAAAUUGUCCAAGCUCUACGAUCUUGUGCGGACCAAGGGUAACCCCGUCAAGGGCGAUUCUGCGGCCGGUGGAAGCCAGCAGAACUUUGUCCGUCAGACUACCAAGUAUUGGGUACACCCAGACAAUAUCACCGAGCUCAAACUGAUUAUCCUCAAGCACCUUCCCGUUCUGGUCUUCAACCCAAGUAAAGAGUUUGAGGAGAAGGACGCUGCUAUUUCAUCUAUUUAUUACGACAACACUGAUACCUGGGAACUAUACCAAGGUCGCCUGAAGAAGACCGAAGGUGCGGAGGCUAUCCGAUUGCGUUGGUAUGGUGGCAUGGAGAGCGAUCAAAUCUUCGUGGAGCGCAAGACCCACCGGGAGGAUUGGACUGGAGAGAAGUCGGUCAAGGCGCGUUUCUCGCUGAAAGAGAAGCAUGUCAAUGACUACCUGGCUGGUCGCAUGACGGUGGAACAAAUCUUCGAGAAGAUGCGCAGGGAAGGUAAGAAGAGCGAGGAGGAAAUCGCCAACCUCGAGCAAUUGGCGCGGGAAAUCCAGUAUCGAGUCAUCACGCGACGACUAGUACCAGUCACCCGAUCGUUCUACCACCGCACAGCCUUCCAGCUUCCCGGAGAUGCACGUGUGCGUAUCUCUCUUGAUACUGAGUUGACAAUGGUCCGAGAGGACAACCUUGACGGUCGCCGUAGAGCUGGCGACAACUGGCGUCGCAUGGACAUCGGUGUUGAUUAUCCGUUCUCACAAUUGCCCCCCGCGGACGUGGAGCGUUUCCCUUAUGCCGUGCUGGAAGUCAAGCUUCAAACACAGGCGGGCCAGGAGCCACCCAAGUGGAUUAGGGAGCUGACAGCUAGCCAUCUGGUCGAGGCUGUUCCAAAGUAUAGUAAAUUUAUCCACGGCACGGCCACGCUUUUCCCUGACCGUAUCAACCUCCUGCCAUUCUGGAUGCCGCAGAUGGACGUCGACAUCCGCAAGCCAGCCACCCGCCAGUUUGGAAUCACGCGCCCGCUGCCCAGCACCUCAUUAUCCGCGGCAGAAACCCCGGAAGACGAAAUCUCGGAGGAUGAGGAUGAGAGCGCAGGCCAGUGGCCGAAUGGUGUGCAUCGAGUCGAAGCUACCGAUGCUGACCACCAUGCGCUCUUCGCAGACUCAGAUGGCAACGCGCUAGACAUUGAGGAACGCAUCGCCGCUCUACCGCUUCCGGGCGACGAGGAUUACCCGCUGUAUGACUCGGAUCAAGAAUCUUCAAUCGACUCAGAUGAAUUGGAAGAAGCUCGUCGGGUCGGAGGCACAUACUACUACAAGCAGCUGGCCAAAUACUACACCGAGCACGCCGGAUCUAUCUUAAUCCAUGUGCUCAAAUCCCUCAUCCCGCGACCUACACCCACCAGUCUCCCAGCACCCGAGCAAAGCGGAAUCGCCGUCAUCGGCAACAAGCGUACUGUCAAGCGAUUCCACGCUCCCAAAGGCAAACGAAUCCACGUCCCCGUCCGCGUCGAGCCCAAAGUCUACUUCGCCGCCGAGCGCACCUUCCUCUCGUGGCUCGAGUUCUCCAUCCUCCUCGCCACCAUCGCCGCCACCCUCCUCAACUUCGGCGACGACUACAUCACCUUCGCGUCCUCGUGGGCGUUCACCAUCCUGGCUUCGCUGUCCCUAAUCUACAGUCUGAUGCUGUACAUCUGGCGCGUCGACAAGAUCCGCAAGCGCCGCGACGUCAAGCGCGUGUACUACGAGAAGUGGGGCCCCACCGUCGUCGGGCUGGGCCUGGUAGCCAUCGUCAUGGUCAACUUCGGGCUCCGCGUCCGGCAGCAAGGGUUCUUGGCCAAGGACGGGCCCGGGGGUCUCGACCUUGACCUGGAUGUCACCCCUCCUCAUGGUGGGGAGUUGUAA